GGUUCAUCUAAGCUUUAUUAGAAACCGCGCAUCCUCCCUCCUAGGGUCUCUCUGCUGCAUCUGCUCCAAUGGGUAAGGGUACUGGGAGUUUUGGUAAGAGGAGGAACAAGACCCACACUCUAUGUGUGAGGUGCGGCCGCCGCAGCUUCCAUCUUCAGAAGAGUCGCUGCUCCGCUUGUGCUUACCCUGCCGCUCGCUUGAGGAAAUAUAACUGGAGUGUGAAGGCUAUCCGCCGAAAGACCACUGGAACUGGAAGGAUGAGGUACCUCCGCCAUCUUCCCCGCAGGUUCAAGAGCGGUUUCAGAGAGGGUACUCAAGCUGCACCAAGGACAAAGGGAGCUGCUGCUUCCACUUAAGAAGAGAAGUCCUCGUGGGAUGCACAAUGCUUAGGCAGGCCUUGAGUUGUGCUCGAACAAGAUUGACUGGAACAUUGUUUUAUGUUAUUCACUUUUCGGCGGUCUGCUUAGAGGCAAACUUUAGUCUUUUUUAUAUUGUAGCUGUUGCUUUCACUCUGGAAGAGAUUGCUGAGACAAUGUAUUUCGUCAAAGGUUGCUAUGAGUAUUUGAAUUUUGAUAAUAUGGUUUUGAAGUUUUCAGUUUUUCCGAGAUAAAUUAGUACUGGAGUGCUUUAUUGCCAGAUCUGUUUCUAGGUUUAUCACAGUUGCUUUCUAAUCCUUGCCAGACGAGAGUAAAUGCUGUGUCCGAUGUGUCGGACUCUUGUGAAAUGCAUCAUUUCAUUUUGCUGUUUGCUCUUCGUUUAGCUUCAUGAAAAAUAGAUUUUAGGUACCAGCCAUUUUGCAUCGAGUUUUUCAGUUUAUUGCUGCAUCUUUGUUUGCUCAUGAACUGUAAGGUACCACUUUACCAGACUACCAGUCUCUUCGUAUCAAGUUUUGCUGUUUAUUGGAGCCAUUUACUGUUUGUUUUGCUUCAUAAACCAUAGGUUUGAGGUUCCAGUCUCUUCUCAUCAAGAUUUGCUUGAAGUAUUUGUUGCUUCAUACACAAACCAUUGCAAUAACCAGUUAGUCACUAUUUCUCUGUUUGUGGUUUACUUGAAUAAAUGCAGGAAUCCCAU